CCCAGGACCCUGCAUUUACUAUAUCUGGUCUCCCCCAGUACACAGAACAUUCAGUAUCGCCUAUCAGUGCCAGACCCUGCAUUCACUAUAUCUGGUCUCCCACAGUACACACAACAUGGAAAUGCAAUUAUUUUAGUAAAUACAAAACUUAGUAAAUACAUACCUUUUCUCAUCAGCAGUUACAGCAGUCUUCUGACUUCAGCAAAUCACUGGUUAAAGCUUGUAGGAGGAGUUUUUUCUUUCUGCUCU